ACUCAUAAUAUUUAUAAACAUUCCCUAAUGUCACUGCAUGUAAGGAGUGAUGAGCCAUCGUACAUUCAACUAUUGUUUAAAUAUAUUGCCGGUAUUUUAUUGUAAUUUUUCUUAUAUCUUAGUCAUUUAUUGAAUUAAUAUUGAAUUAUCGUUAUUAUGGCUAACAAAAAUAUCCUUAAACGAGACGUGCCUGUUGUACCUAAGUUAGUAGAAUGGAAUGAUCAAGUUAGCGAGAAAGUUCAAAAGCUCAUCAAAGAAGACUUUCCCCGGAAAGUACUAGCUUUCAAUGAUUUCCUUGCGGAGGAAUAUUUUGAUGAAAAAUAUAUUAAAGGAAUACGCCAAGAAAUAAUGAUUCCACAAUCUCGUGUUGGUCUUCCAAAUGAUUUGCAUAUGAAUCACGACUCUACAAAAGAUAAUGCGACUACCACAACGCCAAGAGGGAAGAAAAGAAAAGCGGCUUCUAUUGAUUCUACAGAAAGUCAAGAAGAAACUAACCACAAACAAGCCAACACGGUCCCGGGAAAUAAUAAAAUUAAAACCAUCAUUAAUAUGUUAAAGCCAAAAAUUAAGGAGCUCGUUGAAGAUCUAAAUUUAAUAAAAUUAUGGGUCAUGCUGUUGAUACCUAGAAUUGAAGAUGGUAAUAAUUUCGGAGUUUCAAUUCAAGAGGACAUUUUGGAAGAAGUUCGCUCAACUGAGGGUGAAGCCGCUAUAUACUAUGAUGAAACAUCAAAAUAUCACCAUUCACGGGCAAAAAUCAUUUCGAAAAUUGCUAAGUAUCCAUUCAUAGAGGAUUACCGGGAUUGUCUUGCCGAGAUUGAUGAAAAGCAAUGGCUCCAUAUGAAAUUAGUAGUGAAGGAAUUGCGAAAUCAUUACAAUAGUCUUUAUCACUUGAUGACAAAAAAUUGGGAAAAACUAAUUUGUCCGCGAUCUUCAAACUCGGAUACAAUGUUCUGAGCCAUGAAGACAAAAAAGCAACAUAUUAUGGAGUAAAAAAUAAUUUCCGAUUUAUCGUUUCAUAAAUUUAAUCUUCUGAAAUGCAUUAAAUUUCAAAAUUGAAUUAUUUAAA